AUGCUGAAAAUUCGAAGAAGACAAUUACAUGAUGCAAGUAAUCCAUUUGAAAUUUUAGAAUCGCAAUUUAUUCAUUUAUAUCGGUUAACAAAAGAUGCUACAUUAGCAUUACGCGAUUCUAUACAGCCUCAUAUGCAAGUAGCAGUACGAUUAACAGCAAUUCCAUUAGAACUGAAGCUUUUAGCAACUUUAAGCUUUUUAAGCUCAGGUUCCUAUCAGAGGAGAAUUGGGCAGGACUUCCUAAGUUGUAUGUGUCAAUCAUCCAUUAGUGGAGCAAUACCUCAAAUUAUACAUGCAUUAAAUGCUAUAAUGCCACAAUGGAUAACAUUCCCUACAGAACAUGAUGAGAUUCAAACUAUUCAGCAAACGUAAGUUAUAAUUAAAAAAUACAAUUUCAUAAUUAUCU